AUGGCAUCAAAUUACGAAUCGGGCAUGGGCUCCGGCCGCGGCACCGAUGCCGUCGCCGCACCCGAGUCUGGCAUGGGCGCCUCAGAGGGCGGCUACCAGACUGGCGCCGUCGAGCAAGGCAUGGGCGCGUCCGAAGGGUACCAGACUGGCGCCCCUGAGCAGGGCAUGGGGCAAUCGGAGGGCUACAACACGGGCGCUCCUGAGCAAGGUAUGGGCGUGAACGAAGGAAUCGCUCCGAACGACAGCACGACCGAUUACGGUUUGGGAUCGGGGAGGGCCUCGGAUCAAACGGAGGGUGGGGUGGGCAAGUUCUUUGACAAGUUGAAGGAUAGGUUCUCCAAGGAGAAGCAUCGUAAUAAGCAAUGA